AUGCAUAAGCAUCCGGCCGUGCAGACAAUGCAUAAGUACCCGUCCCCAGACACCAUCAUUGCUGCUGCACCCACCAAACCCGUGCUCGUGCCCAUUCACGUCAAGUUCAAAACGCCGCCCAAGCCCGAGGCGUUCGCGUGCGUGUUCUACACUGACCCUGAGCUGCCGCAGACCUAUGCGAAGACGGUCGCUGCUCAGAUAAGGGUGCAGCUCGAGGAUGUGAGCGACGUCGCUGCGGUUGAGAUGGAAGACUCGGACGUGUUUUGGCCGCCACCGCCUCUUGGCGAGGCAACGGACAGGGGGAGGGAGGGGAGGCGGAUAGAUGGCCGGGGUCGAGGUGCCGGAUUGUCCUGUUAUCCUCAGUUGCCUGGCUUCCUUCAGAACAAUGAACGUCUCGGGUGCGGAAGCCGCCGUUGCCUCCGUCUUGCCCUGUUUGGUCAGGGUGAGUCCGCGUGUCUCGUGAAGUUGUCCCUCGAGCUCAUGACUCGCUCGGAGCUGCACCUUGUCAUGAUGUCGGGCUUCUUGACAACAUCGGGCUCCGUCCUGAACGUGUACAUCUCCAUGGGCGUCCCCAUGCAGACCCUCGCCACGUCCUCGGCGGUGAGCAUGCCGGUGGCGACCACGAUCAGCAAGCUGUGCAUGCCCAAGGUCGACGAGCCCACUAUGCACAGGUAG